UUCCUUACUUUAAGAACACGUGCAGGUUACAAAAAUGUCAAGUUUCGUUCUCCCUUCAUUGACACGUAUGCUAAAGGUCAUACAGUGAGUGAGAAAAAAGACCAGAAUUUUUCGAGGGAGUCAAAUCUAAAUCGCCAAUAAUUGAAAAUUACGCAUAAGUGAAUAAAAGUGAAAAAGAAAUACGUAUUUCAGUUUAAAUUUGAUAAAACAUGAAACCGAGCGUGAUAAAUAUAAUAACAUUUGCUGUGAUAAGUGGGCUUCAAUCCCAGGGUACGACUGAAGCGGCCUUGUUCUCCAAUUUGGGUCCAUGCCCCCCUUUACCAGAUUUUCCCCCCACUUCCACCUACACUUUACGCCCCUUCAAAACAUACUCGUCCGACGUAGUCAUCCCAUUUUCCUACUUUUCAUCCCCACGGGACGCUUCUGAAGUUUUAAGUCUAGUCAACUGGGCGAAGAAUGCGGGUUAUCGGGUCCGUGGGGUGGGUCAGAUGCACAGUUGGAGUCCCGUCACCCUCUCAAAAUACGAAGAGGGCACCCUUUGCCCGAAAUUUCUCCUAGUCGAUACCACAAAAUACUUAACCGGCAUAAAAGUCACGACUGACUUUAACACUUCCCUGCACAGCGUCACACUCGGCCCAGGGGUUACAUUGCGACGACUCUUGGAAACCCUGGAAUCCCAUCAACUCGGAAUUUUCUCCUCUCCAGCGCAAGGUGACCUUUCCGUCGGUGGCAUGCUGGCCGUUGGGGCGCACGGAUCGGGAAUAAAAACAACCACCCACUCCAAAUCGCUGGGUCAUUCGUAUGGAACAUUUAGUAACCUCGUCCUCGAGAUGGAUGUCAUCGGAUGGGACAACGAUACUGAAAAAUAUGUCGUGAAAACCCUGCCACGAUCACAUCCGGACACGAAAGCAUUUCUCGUCAAUUUGGGGAGGACGUUUGUAACCAGGGUGAAAAUACGAGUUGGCGCAGAUCAGAUGUUAAGAUCGCAAAGUUUUUUCACAACUGUUCGCCAAUUAUUUGGCAGGGGGGAUUUGGUGAGAGAUGGUGAUAAGCCAAACUUGGCAGACUAUUUGGAUUCGUUUGGGCGAAUACAAGUGCUCAGCUUAGAAACAGGGAGUGAUUCAGGUGUGCUUCUUUUUGGGUGGCACUCCGAACCAGAAAAGCCGGCCGGGUCAAGGUUAACAAAGACCCCGUACAAUUACAUUUUCGGGAAUUAUCUCCCUGGUAACAAAAUUUUGAAGUGGUUACUCGCUAGAAUUCCACACAUUUGGAGGUUUUUCGCUCGUCUCUCAUUUCCUAUAAAUAUUGCUGUGUCGAGUCUCGCUGGCUAUCAGGAUUACUGGGGCCUGUCAAAAAACCAUUUGUUAUACAAUUCAAAGUAUGUGCCAAUCAUAAGGCCGAAUUCGUUCGUGUUGGUCACAUCCCGUCAAAAUUUUCAAACAGUUGUCUCAAUUAUACGGAAAGGCUAUGACGAUUUGGCCUCGGAGUGGCAUUCUCGGGGGGAAUAUCCGGACGCGGGCUCGUUCGAUAUUCGAGUCUGUGGGGUGGAGGAUCCCGAAAAUAUUUUGGCACAGGGGGCAGAACCGCCCAUCUUUUCACCGGCAAAACCAGUGCCAAGUCAUCCCGAGUAUGACAUCGUGAUUUGGUUCGAAUUUGGCACGUAUCCCGAGACGAGAAAAGCUCAGGAAUUUGUGGCGGAUUGGCAGUCACUUUUGUAUCGUGAUAUUCAUCACGUGUAUGGCGUUUUGAGGGUGGAGUGGGCAAAGGGAUGGGGUCACACGUGGGAGAAGGCGUGGAGUAAUGAGACUAUUUUUGACACCUUGCCACGCGUAUUGUCAUCUUCGGAUGAACUAAAAGAGUGGAAUUUAGGAGUGGAAAUUUUAGAUAGGUAUGAUCCUUGGAGGAUUUUUAGUAAUGGAUUUUUAGAUAGGAUACUUAUCAAGGCGUAGUUUUAUGUAUAUUAAGUAUUUUUGUGUAAGAUGAUCGAAAAGUAGUUAGUUUGUCAUUUGAUAAUUUAAGUAUUUUAUUUAGGAAUUUAUUAAACUCUUCAUAACCAGUAUUAAAUGUGAUGUUUUUAAAAACU